CCUGGACUCUACCGGCGCGGUUAUUUGCUGCAGGUUCACGCUAUCAUUAAAUUAGGACAUGGACUGCAGUUGUAUGGCCAACUUGCGAGGUCGGAGCGAUUAAAGGGGACCGACUAAAUGAGAUAAAGGCGCGUGGUUUGCGGGCGUUUCUGUUUGUCGCCACACGGACGGCUCGGUUGUGCUAUAAUAUCAGCGGAGGACGAGGCCACGGGCGCACUGCUCAGCAAUACCACGAAAUGGUCACGUCUAUUCUGGGAUUUCUUAUUCUGCCAAUAUGUCUGUGUGGAUAUGUUCGAGGCAUGCAGACGCAGACGCACUGCGAGCCCUCGCAGUUCCAGUGUGGGAACGGCCGCUGCAUCCCCUCUGUGUGGAAAUGCGAUGGAGACGAGGACUGCACCGAUGGCAGCGACGAGAGCACCUGUGUGAGGAAAACGUGUGAGCAGUUGGACUUUGUCUGUCGGAAUGGCCAGUGCAUCCCCAAGCGGUGGCACUGUGACGGCGAGCCUGACUGUGAAGACGGCUCCGACGAGAGCAUCGAAGUGUGCCACACCCGGACGUGUCGUGUGAACGAGUUCAGCUGCGGGGCCGGCUCUACGCAGUGCAUCCCCGUCUCCUGGAAGUGCGACGGAGAGAAGGACUGCGACAACGGAGAGGACGAGCUGCUCUGUGGUAACAUUACCUGUGCUCCUCUGGAGUUCACCUGUGCCAGUGGCCGCUGCAUCUCGGCCAACUUCGUGUGCAACGGCGAGGACGACUGCGGCGACGGCAGCGACGAGCAGGACUGUCCGCCGUCCUCGUGCGGCCCCACCGAGUUCCAGUGCACCAACGCCUCCUGCAUCCCGGGCAACUGGGUGUGCGACGACGACGUGGACUGUCCGGACCAGUCGGACGAGUCGCCGCAGCGCUGCGGACGGCCGACGCCGCCGGCCAAGUGCUCGUCCAGCGAGGUCCAGUGCAGCUCGGGCGAGUGCAUCCACAGGAAGUGGCGCUGCGACGGCGACCCAGACUGCAAGGACGGCAGCGACGAGAAGAACUGCCCUGUCCGCACCUGCAGGCCAGACCAAUUCAAGUGUGAGGACGGCAUCUGCAUCCACGGCAGCAGGCAGUGCAAUGGCGCCCGCGACUGCGCCGACGGCAGUGACGAAGUAAACUGUAAAAACCUGACCCAGUGCCACGGCCCAGACAAGUUCAAGUGUCGGAGUGGGGAGUGCAUCGAGAUGAAUAAAGUGUGCAACAAGGCGCGAGACUGUCCCGACUGGAGCGACGAGCCCAUCAAGGAGUGCAAUCUCAACGAAUGUCUGCUCAACAAUGGCGGCUGCUCCCAUAUCUGCCGGGACAUGGUGAUUGGUUACGAGUGUGACUGUACUCCAGGCCUUCAGCUCAUUGAUCGCAAGACCUGUGGAGAUAUCAACGAAUGUCAGAACCCAGGGAUCUGUAGCCAGAUCUGCAUUAACCUGAAAGGAGGGUACAAGUGCGAGUGCCACAGUGGCUACCAGAUGGACCCCACCACAGGGGUCUGCAAGGCUGUCGGCAAGGAGCCCUGUCUGAUCUUCACCAAUCGGAGGGACAUCCGGAAGCUGGGCCUGGAGAGGCGGGAAUACACCCAGAUCGUAGAGCAGCUGAGGAACACUGUGGCCUUAGACGCUGAUUUCACCCAACAGAGGAUCUUCUGGGCAGACCUUGGGCAGAAAGCCAUCUUCAGCACACGACUAGACAAGCGAGAGGAGACCUCAAGCCACAUCAAGGUCAUUGAGGAUGUUCAGAUGCCGGUAGGAAUUGCUGUGGACUGGAUUUAUAAGAACAUCUACUGGUCCGACCUGAGCAGCAAGAGCAUUGCGGUGGCAAACUUCAAUGGCACUAAGAGGAGAGUUCUGUUUGACAACGGACUGAAGGAGCCGGCCUCCAUUGCUGUUGAUCCCCUCUCAGGGUUUCUGUACUGGUCAGACUGGGGUGAGCCAGCGAAGAUUGAGAAGUCUGGCAUGAAUGGAGUUGACCGGCAGGUCCUUGUCGAGACGGACAUUCAGUGGCCCAAUGGGAUCACUUUGGAUCUGAUAAAGAGCCGCCUCUACUGGGUGGAUUCCAAGCUGCACAUGCUGUGCAGUGUCGACUUCAAUGGAGACAACCGCCGAAAAGUACUUCAGUCCUCCAACUUCCUGGCUCACCCGUUUGCCCUCACCGUCUUUGAGGAUCGGGUGUUCUGGACAGAUGGGGAGAAUGAGGCUAUUUAUGGUGCAAACAAGUUUACAGGAUCUGAUGUCACCAUUUUGGCCAACAAUUUAAACGAACCUCAGGACAUUAUAGUUUAUCAUGAGCUAAUUCAACUCUCAGGAACCAACUGGUGCAACGAGAAGCAAGAGAACGGCGGCUGCUCUUACAUGUGCCUGCCAGCGCCGCAGAUUAACAAGCACUCCCCAAAGUACACGUGCGCCUGCCCCGAUGGCUGGAAGCUGGGGGCCGACGGCCGGACGUGUAAGCCAGUCAAUGUCCCAGCUGCCCCAAAGGAUUCUGGGAAGGUACAGUCAUCCUCGGCUCCCCCUCAAGACCGGCUCUUGCAUUCUCCAAACAAACUGAAUGGCAGUUGUAAAUAUGGUGAAUGUGGUAAUCAUUUGUUUCCCACAAUGCAAGAAGGGAAUGUCAGUGCAUCGAUGCACGAGGUCAGCUCUUCAGCUAAGGGAUCUGCAGCUGCCUGGGCCAUUUUGCCAGUGUUGCUUCUUGCCAUGGCUGUUGCUGGUGGCUAUCUUAUGUGGAGAAAUUGGCAGACGAAGAAUAAGAAAAGCAUGAACUUUGACAAUCCAGUUUACCUGAAGACCACAGAGGAGGACCUCAACAUCGACAUCAGCAGACACUCCGCUUCCGUCGGACACACGUACCCAGCAAUAUCGGUGGUGAGCACAGACGACGACCUCUCCUAACCCUCCACCUCUCGCCAGUGUUCCCUCCUGUUUACCAGUGACUGCUGCUCGAGCAGAGCUACAACCAGAUGCCUUCUGGAGUGUUGUAUUUUUCUUUUCUUCGGGUGGAGAAGAGAUGAAGGAACAUUUUUGAGAAUAAUAGUUGAAUUGCUCCCCGCCCUCAAAGUGUUGGAACACACACACGAGCUAUUGGAUUUCCAACGACGACUGUACCCUCUGCCCGCUUCCAAUGGCCCACAUCACUUCCUGUCUAAGGUCCUGUCAUCUCAAGACACCUGGCUGGGGAUCCCACAUUCGUCUCUGCGCUAAUUUGCGCAUGUGAAUAUUGAUUGAGAGGAAAUUCAUAUUUUAGAUGCUCGUGUCCAUAAAAUGUUUUUCUCCUUCUUUUCAUAUGAACUUUACCUCCUAGCGUGUUCUUAUAAAGCUUUCUAUGUGUUUCUGUGACGAAGGCAAAAAGGAGCUUUAUAAGGUGAGUGCUGUCACUCCAUUUGUAAAACAGUGUAUAUAAAUGUCCCUCAGUGGAGACCACAAGCAGGACUCUAAAGCACUUUGAUCAAAUGUUCCUCUGUAAAUAAGAUUGUAUACAUUUCACUGAAUCAAUUUUGCUAUGGUGGGGCAAACUACCAGGGGUAAGGAAACAACGUAUUUAAAGAAGUUAAAAAAAAAGUUUGUUAAAAUAUUUUGUAUGUUUGUGUGCUGUACCUGUGACCUUUUCUAGCAUUGUACAGGGAAACAUGCUCUGUAUUGUGACGGGGAUCAUAUUUGCAAAUAGAUUAAAUAAAACCAGACAAAAGGUCAUUCAAA